AGGCCUCCGAACAGGAGUAAAGAAUGGCUGUUGAACAUCCACAAGGCACCUGCAAGACUAUGAAUCAAAGUUGAGACCAAGAAAUUAUUUCUGAAAAAGGAUAUGGAAAACCUUACAAAACACAGCAUUGAGUGUUCAAGUUUCAGAGAUCCCCCACAGGCGCUGCCUGAGACCCAGCUCUGUGUCUCCUCGUUGUACAGCUUGUGGAGCUCCGACUGCAAGGCCAUCAGCAUGCCCAGGCAGGGGUUAAGCUGGAGGGCCAUGGAGGAGGACAGGCCAGCAGGAUGCCGCCUCUGCUCCAGGGCAUGCACCAUGCGUGAGAGAUUCUAAUUAUAUACACAUUCAUAAACAUAUACUCACAUGCACAGAGUAUGAUACUGUAUGUUUUGCAAUUCGUAGAUAACUGUCAGACCUACAUGAAAGGACUGUUAAGAAUAAUAAAUGUGUUGAAAGGUUUAAAUGGCGGGGGCGGGUGGAGUUCAGUGACUGUGCAAUGGUAAACUGGCAAAUCACCAGCCUCCAACAAAUCUAAUAUGCUGAACACAACUGGUGGGAAGAGUAGACAGGUACAUCUCUUCUGUGCAUACAGCAUGAUAUGGGCUAGGGACUCACUGAAAAUAAUUUGCUCUGGAAUUCUGUGAUGUUGACCUUGGGAGAAAGAAAUGAAUAAUUCAAGUCAUAGCAGUGACUGAGAAGGAAGGCGGCUCAAGUUUGAGACACAAGAGAGUUAAGAUAGGAUGAAAUGUACUCUAUGAGAAGAAUGGAACUCCAUGUCAACAUAUAAACCGUGAGCCCCAGUUCUAUGCUUUAAGGCAACCUCUGAGCCCUCUUUUCCUUGUUUAUUAAAAUGGGACUGACACUUAACUUAUGAUUGCUAAAAAGAUGAGGAAUAACGUAUAUAAAUAAUCUGAUAUAAAGUAAGCACUCAGUAUUGGUAGCUAUUAUUAUGAAAAAAUGUCAUAGCAAAAACAGAUAUUGGGCAAAUGAAAUGGCUUGAAGACAUCAAAAUAAAGCCAGCUAGACUAUCUUAAGUCUUCCCUCCACACAAUCAUUGGCCAAACUUAGUCUGGGUGAGUCCCUAAAAAUCUCUUAAAGUUGUCCUCAUUUAAUUACUGAAUCCCCUCUUUCCUAGACCACUACAGGAAUCUCCUAAUGGUCUCCCCAGUAUGUUCUAGCACCCUCUAAUCCAUUCAGCACCUGGUGUGGUAUUUGGUCUCACUUUGCCCUCCUGAAAAUCUAAACUCCUUGGUAAUUACCAAGAAGACUCCAAUAAUGAGGCUCUUGCCUACCUCUCCAACCUUGUGUUAUACUCCACUUCCACUUGCUCAAGAAGCCCCAGUCCUUCAAGCACCUCAAGUUCUCCCUGCCCCUCAGGGCCUUCCCACAUGGAUCUCCCCUUUGCCUGGCAUACCCCUCAUCCUAUCACCAUUGUUGGCCCUGCUAACAAUGAGAAAAGCCUCAUCACAGCUUCCACUAACAACCAAGCCCUAAGCCACUGAGGAACUCACAGACACUGCUGACACUGAUUGCAGCCAGAGAAAUCAUAUGGAGAUUAUACCACUGCAUCCACCUAUAACAAAGCCAAAGCAACCUACCCAACGAACACUAUAAAUACAUCUACAGGAAAAAGGUUUUACUUAUGAAAACAAAUCCAUAAAAUUGGAAAAAAUGACCAUAACAAGAAAUACACAGAUAUCAAUGUAAGGAUAAAAGAAACAUGAAAAAGCAUGGAACCAUGACAUCUCCAAAGUAACACAAUAAUGCUCCAGCAACAGAUUCCAACAAACAAGAAAUCUAUCAAGUGCCUGAAAAAGAAUUCAAAAUAAUGAUAUUAAAGAAGCUCAGUGGGAAACAAUAGAACAUGGAUAAAAACCAAAAGAAUCAGAAAAAACAAUUCAUGAUCUGAAUGAGAAAUUCAGCAGAUAGAUAUCACGAAAAAGAACCAAACAGAAGUCUGAAACUGACAAAUUUCAAAGAAUGAAAUAAAAAACACAAUUGGGAGCUUCAACAAUAGACUAGAUCAAGCAGAAGAAAGAAUUUCUGAACUUGAGGACGGGGUUUUUUAAAAGAAUCCAGGAAGAAAAAGUAAAAAAUAAUAAUUUUUAAAACUGAAGAAAGCUUAGAUGACAUAUGGGACAUCAUAAAGCAACCAAAUAUUCAAAUUUUGGGUAUUCUAGGAGAAGAGAUGGGCAAAGGCAUAAAAACUUAUUUAACAAAAUAACUGAAAACUUUCCAAGUCUUGUAAGCAAUAUAGACAUCCUGAUACAGAAGGCUCAAUGAUGCCCAAAUAGAUUGAAUCCAAAAAGGUUUUCCAAGGCCCAUUACAGUCAAACUGUCAAAAGUCAAAGACAGAAUUCUAAAAAAAGCAAGAGAAAGGCAUCAAGUCACAUAUAAGGGAACCCUCAGGUGUCAAGUCACAUAUAAGGGAACCCUCAGGUGUCAAGUCACAUACAAGGGAACCCUCAUCAGACUAGUAGCAGAUACCUUGGCAGAAACCUUCCAUGCCAGGAAAGAAUGGGAUGAUAUAUUCAAAGUGCUAAAAGAAAAAACACUGUCAGCCAAGAAUACUAUACCUAGCAAAGCGAUCCUUCAAAAAUGAAGGAGAAAGUUUUUCCCAGAGAAAAUGUAUCACAACUAGGGUGGCCCGAUCAAAAAUGGCAAAGGGUGUCCUACAUCUGGAAGUAAAAGACAUAUCUACCAUCAUUAAACAAAUGAAAAUAAGAAGCUCACUGGUAGAGCAGAUACACAAAUGGAAAGAGAAAGGACUCAGAUGUAACCAUUACAUAAAACCAUCAAACCAAAUGAUAAGAGGAAAGAAAAAGGAUAUAAAACAACCAUAAAAAAUUAACAGAUUAGGAAUAAAUCCUCACCUAUUAAUAAUAACCUUGAAUGUAAACAGUCAAAUUCCCCACUUAAAAGAUACAGUCUGGUUGAAUGGAUAAAAUAAAUAUGACUCACCUAUAUACUGGCUGUGAGAAACUCACUUUAUAUAUAAAAUCAUAGACUGAAAGUGAAGGGAUGAAAAAAAAAUACUGCACACAAACAGAAACCAAAAGCAAGUGAGAGUAGCCAUACUUAAAUAAAACAGACAUUAAGUAAAAAACUGCAAAAGAAGCAAAGAAGGUCAUUAUAUAAUGAUAAAGGGGUCAAUUCAGCCAGAGGAUAUAAAGUUCUAAAUUUAUAGGCACUCAACACUGCAGCACCCAGAUAUAUAAGCAAAUAUUAUUAGAUCUAAAAAGAGAGAUAGGGCUGGGCAUGGUGGCUCAUGCCUGUAAUCCCAACACUUUGGGAGGCCAAGGCGGGAGGAUCACUUGAGAUCAAGAGUUCGAGACCAGCCUUCCCAACAUGACGAAACCCUGUCUCUACUAAAAAUACAAAAAUUAGCUGGGCGUGGCCAGGCACGGUGGCUCAUGCCUGUAAUCCCAGCACUUUGGGAGGCCGAGGCAGGCAGAUCACGGGGUCAGGAGAUUGAGACCAUCCUGGCUAACAUGGUGAAACCUCGUCUCUACUAAAAAUACAAAAAAUUAGCCAGGCAUGGUGGCAGGCACCUGUAGUCCCACCUACUCGGGAGGCUGAGGCAGGAGAAUGGUGUGAACCUGGGAGACGGAGCCUGAAGUGAGCCGGGUUCACAACACUGCACUCCAGCUUGGGUAACAGAGCAAGACUGUCAAAAAAAAAAAAAAAGAAAAAAGAAAAAAAAAUUAGCUGGGCGUGGUGGCAUGCACCUGUAAUCCGAGCUACUCAGGAGGCUGAGGCAGGAGAAUUGCUUGAACCUGGGAGGCAGAGGUUGCAGUGAGCCAAUAUUGUGCCACUGCACUCCAGCCUGGGCGACAGAACUAGACUCUGUCUCAAAAAAACAACAACAAAAAAAGGUAGACUCCCAUAAAAUAAUAGUACAGGAUUUGAACAUCCCACUCUCAGCAUUAGACAGUUCAUCUACACAGAAAAUCAACAGCUUUGGAUUUAAACUGGACAUUAGACCAAAUGGACCUACCAGACACUAACUGAACAUUUUAUCCAACAGCUGCAGAAUACACAUUGUUCCCAUCAGCACAUGGAACAUCCUCCAGGAAGAGACCAUACGUUAGGCCAUAAGACAAGUUAUAACUAAUUUUUAAAAAUCGAAAUCAUAUCAAGUAUCUUCUCAGACUACACUAGAAUAAAACUAGAAAUCAAUAACAAAAACUUUGUAAACCACACAAAUAAAUGGAAAUUUAAACAAUGUGCUUGCUCAUGAAUGCCCAUUGGGUCAAUUAAGAAAUUAAAGAUCAUCAAAGACUACUACAGGCAACUAUAUGCUAACAAAUCAGAUAACCUAGAGGAAACAGAAAAAUUCCUGGAUACAUGAAAACCUACCAAGACUGAACCAGGAAGAAACAGAGCAGAAGAACCUGAGCAGACCAAUAACGAGUAAUGAGAUUGAAGCAAUAGUAAAAUGUCUCCCAACAAAGAAAAGCCCAAGACUAAAGGGCUUUACUGCUGAAUCCUACCAAAAUUACAAAAAACUAACCUCAAUUUUUCUCAAACUAUUCCAAAAAAUGGAAGAGAAGUUAAUUCUUCCUAAUCCAUUCUACAAGGCCAGCAUUACCCUGAUACCAAAACCAGAGAGGGACACAACAACAACAACAACAAAAAGAGGUGAUAUCCCUCAUGAACAUAGACACAAAACCCCUCAAUGAAAUACUAGCAAAUGAAAUCCAAUAAUACAACAACAAGAUAAUAUACAACGAUUAAGUGUUUUUUCCUGAAAAGUGCAAGGAUGGCUCAACAUAAGCAAAUCAAUAAACAUGAUGUAUCAGAUCAACAGGAUGAGGGACAAAAACCAUAUGAUCAGCUCAAUAGAUGCAGAGAAACAUCUGAUAAACUUCAACGUCUCUUCAUUAUAAAAACCUCUCAACGAUUAGGCAUUAAAAAACAUACCUUAACAUAAUAAAGACCAUAUACGACAAAUGUACAGCUAACACCAUACUGAAUGGGGAAAAGCUGAAAGCUUUUCCUCUAAGAACUGGAACAAGAUAAAGAAGCCCACAUUCACCACUAUUAUUCAGUAUAGUACUGGAAGUCCUAUCCAGAGCAAUCAGGCAAGAGAAAGAAAUAAAAGGCAUCCAGAUUGGAUAAUAGAAAGUCACACUGUCCCUUUACAGAUGACAUGAUCUUAUAUAUAUUUAAAAACCUAAAGAUGCCACCAGAAAUUCUUGGAACUGAUCAAUGAAAUCAGUAAAGUUGCAAGAUACAAAAUCAAUAUACAAAAAUAAGUAGUACGCUGGGCACGGUGGCUCACACCUAUAAUCCCAACACUUUGGAAGGCCGAGGUGGGUGGAUCACUUGAGGUCACGAGUUUGAGACCAGCCUGGCCAACAUGGUGAAACCUUGUCUUGACUAAAAAUACAAAAAUUGGCCAGGUGUGGUGGCAGGCACCUGUGGUCCCACCUACGUGGGAGGCUGAGGCAGAACUGCUUGAACCCAGGAGGUGGAGGCUGCAGAGAGCUGAGAUCAUGCCAUUGCACUCCUCCAGCCUGGGAGACAGAGCGAAACUCUGUCUCAAAAAGGAAAAAAAAAAGGAUUUCUAUACAUCCACAAUAAUGAAUUAGCUGAAAAAGAAAUCAAGAAAACAAUCCCAUUUAUUAAUAUAAUAGCUACAAAAAACAACCUAGAAAUAAAUUUAACCAUGAAGUGAAAGACCUCUAUAAGGAAAACUACAAAACACAGACAAAAGAAAUUGAAGACAACAAACAAAUAAAAAGAUAUUUGCAUGCUUAUGCACUGGAAGAACUAUUGCUAAAAUGAACAUACUUCCCAAAGCAAUCUACAGAUUCAAUGCAAUCUACAGAUUCAAUGCAAUCCCUACUGAAAUGCCAGUCAGUUUUUACAUGAACAGGAAAAAAAUCCUAAAAUUUGUAGGAAACCAUAAAAAAUGCCAAAUAGCCAAUGCAAUCUGUAGCGAAAGAACGAAAGUGGAAGAAUCAAACUUCAAAAUAUACUACAAAGCUGUCGUAACCAAAACAGCAUGGUACUGUCAUAAAAAUAGACCCAAAGACCAAUGGAACAGAAGAGAGAACCCACAAAUAAAUCCAUGUAUUUAUAGUCAACUGAUGGUUGACAAAGGUGCCAAGAACAGACAUUGGGGAAAGGACAUGCUGUUCAAUAAAUGGUGCUGGGAAAACUGGUUAUCCAUAUAGUGAAGAAUGAAACUAGACUGUAUCUCUCACCAUAUACAAAAAUAAACUCAAAAUGAAUUAAAUACUUAACUAUAAGACCCCAAAUUAUAAAACUACUGGAGGAAAACAUAGGGGAAACACUUCAGAAGAAUAGGCAAAUAUAUUUUAGAUAAGACCUCAAAGAUAUUUUCAAUAAGGGGCAACAACAAAAAAAUAGACAAAUUGGACUAUAUUGAACUAAAAUGCUUCUGCACAGCAAAGGAAACAAUCAACAGAGUGAAGAGACCUGUAGAAUGGGAGAAAAUAUUUGCAAACUCUUCACCUGAGAAGGGACUAAUAUCCAGAAUUAACAAGGAAGCAAAAAGACUUAAUAGCAGUGCCAUAGCAGCUCAUAACUGUAAUCCCAGUACAUUGGGAGGCCAAGUCAGGAGGAUCACUUGAGGCCAGGAGUUCAAGACCAGCCUGGGGAACAUAGGGAGACCCCCCCCCCCCGAUCUCUAUAAACAGUUUUAAAAUUAGCUAGGUAUAGUGGCAUGCACCUGCAGUCUUAGCUACUUAGGAGGCUGAGGUGGUAGAAUCACUUGAGCCUGGGAGUUCAAGGAUGCGGUGAGCUGUGAUCAGGCCACUGCACUCCAGUCUGGCUGACAGUGAAACUCUCUCACAUACACAAAAAAUGACACUGGGCACAUUCUAUUAGUAAAAGAAAAAAAAAUACAUAUAUAUAUAUAUGUAUGUAUAAAACAAUUGAUAAAUAUUCAAAGUGAUGGGUAUCUAAAUACCUUGAUUUGAUCCUUAUAUGUUGUAUGAAUAUAUCAAUAUAUUGCUUGUGCUCCAUAAAUAUGUAUAAUUUGUAUUGAUAAAAACUAAAAAAAAAGCUCAUGAGAAAUCUAAUGUAUAGCAGGAGGACUAUAGUUAGUAAUACUCUAUUGUAUACUAGAAAUUUGUCAGGAAAGUAGGUUUUAAGUACUCUUACCCUAAACAAAAAAAAAGAAAGAAGAAAAGAUUAUAGUUAUUUGAUAGGAUCUGCUUAACUAUAGUAAUUAUUUCAAUAUGUAUGUGUAUCAAAACAUCAUGUUGUACACCUAGAAUUUAUACAAUAAUUUUUAAAAAAAGGUUCAUAUAAAAAAAUUUUUUUAAACACAUAUAAAAAUAGAAAGAAUGAGUAACACUUAGUAUUUGCUAGCAAAACAGGGUGACUGUAGUCAAAAAUAAUUUAAUUGAACAUUUAAAAAUAACUAAAAGAGGCUGGGCGUGGUGGCUCAUGUCUGUAAUCCCAGCACUUUGGGAGGCCGAGGUGGGUGGAUCACUUGAGGUCCGGAGUUCAAGACCAGCCUGGCCAACAUGGUAAAACUCUCUCUCUACUAAAAACACACACACACACAUACACACACACACACAAAUUUGCUGGGCGUGGUGGUACGUGCCUGUAGUCCAAACUACUUGGGAGGCUGAGGCAUGAGAAUCACUUGAACCUGGGAGGCAGAAGUUGCAGUGAGCAGAGAUCACAGCACUGCAGCACUGCACUUCAGCCUGGGUGACAGAGUGAGACUCUGUCUUAAAAAAAAAAAAAAAAAAUUCCCCUAAAAACUAAAAGAGUACAAUAAGAUUGUAACACAAAGGAUAAAUGCUUCAGGUGAUAGAUAUCCCAUUUCUCCUGAUAUAAGCAUUGCAUGCCUGUAUCAAAAUCUCAUGUAACCCAUAAAUAUACAUACCUACUAUGUACCCAAAAAAUUAAAAAUAAAUAUUAAUAAAUAAAUAAAAAACAACCAGGCCAAGUGUGGUGGCUCACUCCUGUAAUCCCAGCACUUUGGAGGGCUGAGGCAGGUGGAUCACUUGAAAUCAGGAGUUCAAGACCAGCCUGGCCAACAUAUUGAAACCUCAUCUCUACUAAAAAUACAAAAAUUAGCUGGGUGUGGUGGCAUAAGCAUGUAAUCCCAGCUAUGCAGGAGGCUGAGGCAAGGGAAUUGCUUGAACCCAGGAGGCGGAGGUUGCAGUAAGCCAAGAUUGUGCCAUUGCACUCCAGCCUGGGCAACAGAGCGAGACUGUCUCAAAAAAAAAAAAAAAAAAAAAAAAAAAGAUAACAAGUGUUAGCAAAUGAUGUGGAGAAACUGGAACCAUCAUACACUACUGGUGGGCAUGUAAAAUGGUGUAGCCGAUUUGGAAAAGAGUCUAGCAGUUCCUCAAUUGGCUAAACACAGAGUUAUGAUAUGACCCAGCAAUUCUACUCCUAGGUAGAAACCUGAAAGAACUGAAAGCUUAUGUCCACACAAAAACUUACAGACAUGUUCAUACAACAUUAAUCAAAAUAGCCCAAAAGAGGAAACCCAAAUGUCCAUCAACUGAUCAAUGGAUAAAUGUGGUAUAUCCAUAAAAUGGAAUAGUAUUUGGCAAUAAAAAGGAAUGAAAUGCUGAUACAUGCUACAACACGGAUGAACCCUGAAAAGCAUUAAGUUAUGAAAUAGGGAAUUUGCAGAAGACCACAUAUUGUACAAUUCCAUUUAUAUGAAAUGUCCAGAAUAGGCAAAUCCAUAGAGAAAAUCAACUCAUGGUUGCCUGGGGCUGGAGGGGGUGGGAAUAACAGCUAAAGUGUACAGGGAUUUUUCUGAGGUGAUAAAAAUGUUCUAAAAUUGAUUAUGGUGAUGGUUAUACAACUCUAUUACAUUAAAAAUCACUGAAUUGUACAUUUUAUGUGGGUGAACUAUAUGGUAUGUGAAUUAUACCUUAAUAAAGCUGAAAAUAAAACAACAAAAUUAAAGGAGCGCUACUCUGGUUCAUAGCGAGCAGGGGUUGGGCAACUUUUUAAAUAAAGAAUAAGAUAGCAAAUAUUUUCAGCUUUGUGGGCUAUCCAAGUGUGUGAUUGUAGUGCAAAGACAGUCACAGAAAACUUCUAGUAGUUUGAAUGUGCUAGCCUUAAAAAAUAAACAAGUCUUUCCAACUUGGAUCCGGCAGAAUGGCUCCCACAAAGAAGGGUGGUGAGAAGAAAAAGGGCCGUUCUGCCAUCCACAAGGUGGUGACCUGAGAAUACACCAUCAGUAUGCACAAGUGCAUCCAUGGAGUGGGCUUCAAGAAGCGUGCCCCUCGGACACUCAAAGAGAUUCAGAAAUUUGCCAUGAAGGAGAUGGGAACUCCAGAUGUGCGCACUGAUACCAGGCUCAACAAAGCUGUCUGGGCCAAAGGAAUAAGGAAUGUCCCAUAACGAAUCCAUGUGCGGUUGUCCAGAAUACGUAAUGGAGAUGAAGAUUCACCAAAUAAGCUCUAUACUUUGGUUAUCUAUGUAUCUGUUACCACUUUCAAAAAUCUACAGACAGUCAAUGUGGAUGAGAACUAAUUACUGAUUGUCAAAUACAUCAAAUAGUUAUAAAAUUGCAAAAAAAAAGAAAAAAAAAAACAAGUACCCCCCCGCACCCCGCAAAAAUAACCCCACAACCUCACAAGAACUGCUAGCUCAAAAACAGAAAUUUUUAAAAAGACUGGCUUAAUAAUUCUGGUUUAAAAAUAGCUAUACAUCUUCCUCC